CACAGCCUGAACUGUGAACAUCGCCUUUGUCACGCUCUGCUGCACACGUUGACCCACUGGCCACAUCACUUUACUUCUCUUUGCUAUGAAGAAGCUAUUCGGCCGCGAUAAGUCGAAACCCAAGCUCGCUCCUUCCGACAUCGGCUCAGGCGUACCAGAUAGCUAUAUUUCAUCUGUGAGCGCGGCUCAAGGGCAUGAGAGAUCUCGGUCGGGUACUCCACAACCUUCCGAGGAACAUUGGCAUGUCGUCGACAGUGAUGCACAAUCCUACUCAGUCCGCUCCACCGUCUCAGCGUCCUACUCUCCCCCAUUGGCCUCCUCAAUAGCUCCCUCCCACAUAUCUACCCCUCGCGCUCUUCCAUCGCUUUCUGCAGCACCAUCUCCGGCGGUCAACGCAAAACAAAGCCAGAAGGACCGCGAUCGAGAGCAGCCGCUACUGCGCAAGAAAGCACCGAAUGGUCAUGCUCACGGCGCGCUGGCCGCUGUUGGCAUCCUCAAGGCUCUGGAUCCACAUCUCGAAGUUCACAACACCUCUGAACUGUCCGAGGACAACAUGACAGAAAUAUCGACCCGUGAGGAUAGGAAAGAGCGGAAAGGGUUCUGGGAACGGAAAGAUAAGGACCGUGAACGAGACAAGGACAGGGACCGAGAGAGAGAGAAGGAUCGAGAGAGGGGACGCGAGCGAGACCGCAGAGAUGACGAUGCACCGGCUGAGCUCACGCGCAUGAUCGGCUACUUGACAGCAACAGCUUCGGAAGAUUGGUCGCUCGUAUUGGAGGUGUGCGAGAGGGCAUCAUCUAGUGAACCCAACGCCAAAGAGGCGGCCAAAGCCCUCCGCCGUGAGUUCAAAUAUGCCGAACCGACUGCCCAGUUGUCGGCCGCACGGCUCUGGGCGAUCAUGCUACGGAAUUCCUCUGCUGUCUUCACUCAUCAAUGUACAUCUCGCAAGUUCCUCGACACUUUGGAAGAUGUCGUCACGUCGUCACGCACAUCGCCUGUGGUUCGUGAGCGUUUGCUCGAGGUUCUAGCUGCUGCGGCAUAUGCGAGUUCAGCUGGCAGUAAGGAGGCAGCCUUUCGAUCACUCUGGAAGAAGGUCAAGCCCGCAGACAAACCCGAUGACGGUGUUCCUAUUGACACUGGUGACGCGAUGUUCAGCCCACCUACUCCGAGACAUCCCUCGCAAAAGUCCCAAACAACACCAGACCCUUCAUCGCUGGCCGGAUCCAGACCUCCACUAACGGUGAUGCCCAACAAAACCAGAACGUCCUCCCGUAGUCAGGUUAUUCCUCCGGAGGAAGACAUGCGACGUCUCUUUCAGGAGUGCAAGGUCGGCCGCGGCAACGCUUCACUUCUGUCCGAAGCGCUUGCAUUCGCCAGACCGGAGGAUCUAAAACUCAAGGAGAUCAUACGAGAGUUCUACGCACGCUGUCGUGCAUCACAAGAGCUCGUUUCUGCGCAGAUACCUUGGGCGUUUGCGCAGGCGGAACGGUCACGCCAAGCAGCGGGGCGCAGAGGCCAGCCGAAUAGUGGUACUAGGCCGUCGACGGACUCGCGCACCCCCAACCGUACAGACUCACAAGUCUCCUUAUCAACCAUAUCAUCUACUGGCGAGUUGACACAGGAAGAACAGCUACUUGCCGCUUUGUUGGCCGCCAACGAGGACUUGAUGGAGGCUUUGCGCUUGUAUGACGACCUGGAACGUGUUGGCAUGGAACGUGAAGCGGAGGAACGGAGCCGUAAAGAAACAAGGAUGGAUCGAAGCCACCUUCGUUAUGAAGAUCUGGAUCAUUCAUACUUGGAACCAGGAGAAGCUCAUCACGCUGGUGCAUCGUCAUCACGCAGUCCAUCUCCUUCAUCUCCUUCAUUGUCUUCCGCACCAUCCUUCGUCAUUACAACGGUGACGCCUGCUCAAUCACAUCCCCUGCCACCUAUCCCUUCAAAUACGACGACACCGACCGCAAAACACCAUCAGGCGCCCCCUAUUACUACUCAAGGCUCUAUUCAAUCUCUCGCUCCCCCUCCUCAUGCACCACUAGGACCGCGUUCGCCCGCUCAUAGCACCGGCCCGCAAUCGCGGACACCUUCGCCGGAACGCGCAUCCUUGAAACAGUCUGUCCCGCGCAGCUCAUUGGACUCUGCUCCCGGCUCGCUUGCUCGAGACAUGAACAGGCUCAGCGUACACAACAGGGACAACCCUGAGGAUAUGCACGGGACACCUGUCAGACUCAGCGCAAAAGCUCUCGGAAAACGAAGGCAGAUCGACCCAACAGAGUCUGACCGUGCGUGUCUCAUUGUCGCAUUUCUCGUCGUGGUGUCGUUGUGCUCAUCAAUGUGUGCAGGCGGCUUCGAUCCAGAUGAUAUCUUCUACGACAAUGCAGACGAUCAGUCUCGCCAGAACGACGAUUCGCUCGAAUCGGACUCGGACGAUGGGCGACAUCAUCGGUGGCAUCAGCCUGUGCAAUAUGUCUACGACGCUGCCGCAGAGCGCACGCAAGAGAGGAUUCGACAAGGAAGAGUCGCUGCGGCUGCUCUGGUCGGCAGCGUGCAUUGAUCGGUUGAUGUAGAGGGUUGGGAGAGGUGUGUCGUUACGCCCUCGGGCCCCUGUUAUCUAGUGCCUUCUCAACGUGCAGUUGCUUGGUCUUUGCGAAAGCACUGUCAUUGAGCUAUGAGCUAUCAUGUCUGCAGUCGCGCAUUUGCUGUUAGUUCGUCUGUGCAAUAACUUAUUACAUGGACGGUGGAUUGGGGGUUGUACAGGUACUCAAAUAUCUGAAGCAGGGCAUCGAGGAUAAGGCUUAGCGUGUACGGUAGAACUAUGCAUAUAUACCACUUAUGUUCAUUCCUAUUUCGCCAAGUUCAAUGCCAGAAUAUUAUCCUGGU